UACUCUUCCCGGCUUGCACCGCGGGCCGCCAAGCCGCAGGGAGGAGUCGCGCCCCCGGGGGGGAAGCAGCACCGGGCCAUUCCGCAGAUGGGGACACCGAGGCCCGAGAUGGCUGCGACCUCCCUGGGGGCGGAGGGAGGGGAGUGGGAUGGGGCCCAGGGCGCGCUGGCCCCCAGGGAGGGCUCUGCCGAGCGGCCAUGCAAUGCGCAGCCAGUGCCGUUCGUCCCUCAGGUGCUGGGCGUGAUGAUCGGGGCCGGAGUCGCGGUGCUGGUCACGGCGGUGCUCAUCCUCCUGCUGGUGCGGAGGCUGCGAGUGCCGAAAACCCCAGCCCCGGAUGGCCCCCGUUAUCGAUUCCGGAAGAGGGACAAAGUGCUUUUCUAUGGCCGGAAGAUUAUGCGGAAGGUGUCACAGUCCACUUCUUCCUUGGUGGACACCUCAGUCUCCACCACUUCCCGGCCACGCAUGAAGAAGAAACUUAAGAUGCUCAACAUUGCUAAGAAGAUCCUGCGCAUCCAGAAAGAAGCACCAACGCUGCAGCGGAAGGAGCCCCCACCCGCUGUGCUGGAGGCCGACCUGACAGAGGGCGACCUGGCCAACUCCCACCUGCCCUCAGAGGUGCUCUACAUGCUCAAGAACGUCCGGGUGCUGGGCCACUUUGAGAAGCCGCUUUUCCUGGAGCUCUGCCGGCACAUGGUCUUCCAGCGGCUCAACCAGGGGGACUAUGUCUUCCGGCCGGGCCAGCCUGAUGCCAGCAUCUAUGUGGUGCAGGAUGGGGUGGUGGAGCUCUGCCUGCCUGGACCUGAUGGGAAGGAGUGUGUGGUGAAAGAAGUGGUCCCUGGAGACAGUGUCAACAGUCUUCUGAGCAUCCUGGAUGUCAUCACCGGUCACCAGCAUCCACAGCGCACAGUGUCUGCCCGGGCUGCCAGAGACUCCACGGUGCUGCGGCUGCCGGUGGAGGCCUUCUCUGCCGUCUUUACUAAGUACCCCGAGAGCCUGGUGCGGGUUGUGCAGAUCAUCAUGGUGCGUCUGCAGAGGGUCACGUUCCUGGCACUUCACAACUACCUGGGCCUGACCAAUGAGCUUUUCAGCCACGAGAUCCAGCCACUCCGACUUUUCCCCAGCCCUGGCCUCCCGGCCCGCACCAGCCCCAUACGUGGCUCCAAGCGAGUGGUCAGCACCUCGACUAGUGAGGAGCUGAGGGAAACCCCUGGCCGGCCGCCUGACCCCACUGGGGCCCCACUGCCUGGGCCUGCAGGGGACCCAGUGAAGCCCACCUCCCUGGAAGCGCCCUCGGCCCCCCUGCUGAGCCGCUGCAUCUCCAUGCCUGUGGACAUCUCAGUCUUGCAGGGUGGCCCCCGCUCGGACUUCGACAUGGCGUAUGAGCGUGGCCGGAUCUCUGUGUCCCUGCAGGAAGAGGCCUCAGGGGGGCCCCAGGCAGCUCCCGCUCGGACCCCCACUCAGGAGCCCCGGGAACAGCCAGCAGGCGCCUGCGAGUACAGCUACUGCGAGGAUGAGUCAGCCACUGGCGGCUGCCCCUUUGGGCCCUACCAAGGCCGCCAGACGAGCAGCAUCAUUGAGGCCGCCAAGCGGGAGCUGGCCAAGCUGAUGCGCAUUGAGGACCCCUCUCUUCUGAACAGCCGGGUCUUACUGCAUCACGCCAAAGCUGGCACCAUCAUUGCUCGCCAGGGGGACCAGGACGUGAGCCUGCACUUCGUGCUCUGGGGCUGCCUGCAUGUCUACCAGCGCAUGAUCGACAAGGCAGAGGACGUGUGCCUGUUCGUGGCACAGCCCGGGGAGUUGGUGGGGCAGCUGGCCGUGCUCACGGGCGAGCCCCUCAUCUUCACACUGCGUGCCCAACGCGACUGCACCUUCCUGCGCAUCUCCAAGUCCGACUUUUAUGAGAUCAUGCGUGCGCAGCCCAGUGUGGUACUGAGCGCUGCGCACACGGUGGCCGCGAGGAUGUCGCCCUUCGUGCGCCAGAUGGACUUCGCCAUUGAUUGGACUGCAGUGGAGGCGGGACGCGCGUUGUACAGGCAGGGCGACCGCUCCGACUGCACCUACAUCGUGCUCAAUGGGCGGCUGCGUAGUGUCAUCCAGCGUGGCAGCGGCAAGAAGGAGCUGGUGGGCGAGUACGGCCGCGGGGACCUCAUCGGCGUGGUGGAGGCGCUGACCCGGCAGCCACGCGCAACGACGGUGCAUGCGGUACGAGACACGGAGUUAGCCAAGCUCCCCGAGGGCACUUUGGGUCACAUCAAGCGGCGGUACCCACAGGUCGUGACCCGCCUCAUCCAUUUGCUGAGCCAGAAAAUUCUUGGGAAUUUGCAGCAGCUACAGGGACCCUUCCCAGCAGGCUCAGGGCUGGGCGUUCCCCCGCACUCGGAGCUCACCAACCCAGCCAGCAACCUGGCCACUGUGGCGGUCCUGCCUGUGUGUGCUGAGGUGCCCAUGGUGGCCUUCACGUUGGAGCUACAGCAUGCCUUGCAAGCCAUUGGCCCCACACUCCUCCUCAACAGUGACAUCAUCCGGGCCCGUCUGGGGGCCUCUGCGCUGGAUAGCAUCCAGGAGUUCCGGCUUUCCGGGUGGCUGGCCCAGCAGGAGGACGCGCACCGCAUCGUGCUCUACCAGACGGACGCGUCGCUGACGCCCUGGACCGUGCGCUGCCUGCGCCAGGCCGACUGCAUCCUCAUCGUGGGACUGGGCGACCAGGAGCCCACUCUCGGCCAGCUGGAGCAGAUGCUGGAGAACACAGCCGUGCGCGCCCUCAAGCAGCUCGUCCUGUUGCACCGGGAGGAGGGUCCGGGCCCCACGCGCACCGUCGAGUGGCUCAACAUGCGCAGCUGGUGCUCAGGACACCUGCACCUGCGCUGCCCGCGCCGCCUCUUCUCCCGCCGCAGCCCGGCCAAGCUGCACGAGCUCUACGACAAGGUGUUCUCGCGGCGCGCGGACCGCCACAGCGACUUCUCCCGCCUGGCGCGGGUGCUCACUGGAAACACCAUCGCCUUAGUGCUGGGCGGGGGCGGGGCCAGGGGCUGCUCACACAUCGGGGUGCUGAAGGCAUUAGAGGAGGCGGGGGUGCCGGUCGAUCUGGUGGGCGGUACAUCCAUCGGUUCCUUCAUCGGGGCCCUGUAUGCGGAGGAGCGCAGCGCCAGCCGUACUAAGCAGCGGGCUCGGGAGUGGGCCAAGAGCAUGACUUCAGUGCUGGAGCCCGUGUUGGACCUCACGUACCCCGUCACCUCCAUGUUCACGGGGUCAGCCUUCAACCGAAGCAUCCAUCGCGUCUUCCAGGAUAAGCAGAUUGAGGACCUGUGGCUGCCGUACUUCAACGUGACAACAGAUAUCACUGCCUCGGCCAUGCGUGUCCACAAAGACGGCUCCCUGUGGCGGUAUGUGCGUGCCAGCAUGACACUCUCGGGCUACCUGCCCCCUCUGUGCGACCCGAAGGAUGGGCAUCUGCUCAUGGACGGCGGCUACAUCAACAACCUACCAGCGGACAUUGCCCGCAGCAUGGGCGCCAAGACAGUCAUCGCCAUUGACGUGGGCAGCCAGGACGAGACAGACCUCAGCACCUACGGGGAUAGCCUGUCUGGGUGGUGGCUGCUGUGGAAGCGGCUCAACCCCUGGGCGGACAAGGUCAAGGUCCCAGACAUGGCCGAGAUCCAGUCCCGCCUGGCCUAUGUGUCCUGCGUGCGGCAGCUGGAGGUCGUCAAGUCCAGCUCCUACUGCGAGUACCUGCGCCCGCCCAUUGACUGCUUCAAGACCAUGGACUUUGGGAAGUUCGACCAGAUCUAUGACGUGGGCUACCAGUACGGGAAGACUGUGUUCGGGGCCUGGAGCCGUGGCGACAUCAUCGAGAAGAUGCUCACAGACCGGCGGUCUACCGACCUCAACGAGAGCCGCCGCGCAGACGUUCUUGCUUUCCCCAGCUCUGGGUUCACUGACCUGGCAGAGAUCGUGUCCCGGAUCGAACCCCCCACAAGCUACGUUUCCGAUGGCUGUGCUGAUGGGGAGGAGUCGGACUGCCUGACAGAGUACGAGGAGGAUGCAGGCCCUGACUGCUCGCGGGAUGAAGGGGGCUCCCCUGAGGGCGCAAGCCCCAGCGUGGCCUCCGAGAUGGAGGAGGAGAAGUCGAUUCUCCGGCACCGACACGGUAUGCCCCAGGACCCUCCCAGCUCCACUGCGGACGCCUGAGGACCUCAAGAGGGGCCCCCCCAGGGCUGGGCUGGGGGUGGGCCGUGUGGGGAUAGCACCUUCCCGCUCUGCCUGCUGCUAUGCCUCUGACCCCCACUUGGUUCCCCUGGCCACCAGCCCCCAGGACCACACACUGGACCCACCUGCCCCUGAGGGGAGGGGCAGCGCUGUACUGAGGCCCUUGACCAGUGACACUCAAUAAAUCAUCU